AGCACGCGGAAGAGGCGGAGUCAGCACCGGAAGAGAGGGCGGCGCACGUGGAGAGAGGAGCCAACUGGUGAGUAGGUGUGUGACCUUUGUCCAGUCACGUGACCAAGCAGCAGACCACACCGAGAGAGAAACAUGAAGUUUGCAAAACUGUUCGGACGUUUGAAGUCAAAUGUUAUCGGAAUGAUUCAUGUUGGAGCUUUACCCGGCAGCCCGCUGAGCCAAGCUCCCCUUCCUGUGAUUAUUGAGUCGGCCUGUAGGGAAGCUGAGCAAUACACCCAGGCCAGAGUGGAUGGGUUGAUUAUCGAGAACAUGCAUGAUGUUCCGUAUGUGUUUGAUGUUGGUCCGGAGGUGUGUGUGUGUAUGACGGCAGUGUGUACUGCAGUAAGGCGGAUCUGUCCCUCUCUGCCCAUCGGAGUCCAGAUCCUGUCUGCUGCUAACCGGCCGGCACUGGCCACUGCACUGGCCUCAGGGCUGGAUUUUAUCCGAGCUGAGGGCUUUGUGUUCUCUCACGUUGCUGAUGAAGGGCUGCUGAACGCGUGUGCUGGAGAACUCCUGCGAUAUCGGAGGAACAUCGGAGCAGAACACGUACAAAUAUUUACAGACAUCAAGAAAAAACACAGUGCUCAUGCUCUCACAGCUGAUGUCAGUAUAGCUGAGACGGCUCGAGCGGCUGAGUUUUUCCUGUCGGACGGACUCAUCGUCACAGGUUCGGCUACAGGGGUCCAGGCCAAUCCUGAAGAGCUUAAAGAAGUUGUCAAAUCUGUGGAACUCCCGGUUCUAAUUGGUUCUGGGGUGACUUACGACAACGUGGAGCAUUACCUGGACGCUAACGCUCUGAUCAUCGGCUCCCACUUUAAGAAGAACGGCCGCUGGGAGAAUGAUGUGGAUCCAGACCGAGUGAAGAGGUUCAUGGAGAAGAUGCAUGAACUACGGAAAUGACGAGAGUUGUUGAAUAAAAGAAUAUUUAUGAAAUUAAUCAAAAAUGAAAUUUUCCUCACUAAUUCCAGUGUUUCAGUAAAAUAAUAUAAUAGAAGAGUCUUAAAAAGCUUAACAUAAAAAGCAUUUUAUUGUUUGAUACUCUUGUAUUAUUGGUUCUUCAUCUAGCUAGCUCUGUGUUUCUGCAAUUUUGGUUCUGCUAUACCACUGUCUUGAUUUUAGCAGACUCCACCCUCAACUCAAAUUUGAAAAAGGCUAAAAAAAAAAAUGGGAGGGGUAGUUUGGGAGGCGCACUAGGUGAUGGUAGGUGUAUGGGUUUAGAGGAGGGGCAGGAAGGAGAGCUGAUCGGCUGAGCUGCAGCAACAGCAGCGGUCGGACAUCAGCAGGGGGAGCUGUAUUAUUGAUUGACUGAUCUCCAGAGGUGGAAAUUACCACAAUAAAAUUGUAAAAUUGUUUUUUAAAUGUUAGGAAAGGUUUAUAAAAAAUACUUCAAAAGAACACAUUUCAGCUAUUAAUGGAAAAUAAUAUGGUUUAGGGUUUAGUGGCUCUUUAAAUGUUCUUGUAAUCUAAUAAUUCAGAGGACCCAGUGAUGUUCAGGAGGAAAAUGUACAAAGAAUAAAAUGACGUACAAAGUAUUAAAAAUGGUAUUUAAAAAACACACACUUAAAUCUACUUAAGUUUGCAGUUAUACCAAGUCAUAAGAUAAAAACACCUAAAAAAGCAACCUUUAAAUGCUUUAUGUUGUAUUUAAAUAUAGCUUAAUUACAAUUGAAAUAUACUUAAGUUGCCAUAGGUUGUUCCAAUAUAUUACAUUUAGUAUGUAUUAAUUUUAAUGUAUGUACUUUUCAAUGUUAAGUAUACGUAAUAAUAAAUAUAUACUUAAAUGCACCUUUCUUUUACAAGAGUUUAAUUCAUAU